CACGAAAGUAAUCCGAUGGCGGUAACAACAAUAAACAUGAGUUAAAUAGCACAUUAAUUGGACUUUGUCAUCCACUUGCUCGAGAUAACUGCAAUUCUCCGUAAAAAGAUCGAUGGCAGCAUACCAAGGGUACCAGGAGCUGCUAGUGGAGAAGCAGGACAAGCUUCUGAUUGUGAAAUUCAACAAUCCCAAAAGGAAGAACUGCUUGAAUCGAGUGGCGUACCAAGAGCUGGCUCGCGUGCUGGGAGAAGUGAACGACGAUGCGGACGUGACAAUCGUAGUGGUGACCGGCGUGGGCGACUUCUUUACGGCCGGAAAUGACUUAACCCCAAGUGGUCAAACGGACGACAUCCAAGCAUUUCUUGUAGAGGCAAAUAACGUAUUCAAGGCCAUGGUGCUAGGCUUUAUAAACUGCAACAAGAUUCUUAUUAGUCUGGUAAAUGGACCUGCGAUUGGCAUCGGCGCCACCAUUGUGGGACUUUGCGAUGUCGCGUGGUGUGCGGAGGAGGCAUACUUUUACACGCCAUUCACCAAACUGGGUCUCGUCCCAGAGGGAGGCUCUUCCUUUCUGCUGCCCAUGAUUCUUGGACGCUCCAAAGCUUCGGAGAUUCUGCUCCUUAAUGAGAAACUUUCCUCCGCCGAGGCAUACAAUUUCAACUUUGUGUCGCGCAUCUACAAGACCGAGGAGCUGGACUCUGUGGUGUGGCCCAAGCUGCGGGAGUUUUCCGCUUUGCCACCUACUUCUCUGAAGGAGGGAAAACGCUUGAUCAAGGAGGGCUUCCUGGCGAACCUCCUGAAGGCUAAUGAUGCUGAGUGCUCGGAGCUCCUCAAUCGUUUUCAGGGAGACGAGUUCAUCCAGGCCAUAAUGGACUUUGCCACCCGCAAAUCGAAAUUGUAAGAAAUUUGUUCACAUCAUUUUCCUUGUAAGAACAGCUGUUGAGUUUGCAUAUCGAUGGAUGGAUUGAAUAAAACGCACUUUGAUCGAUAGAUCGAUAUUGUGUGGUGCGAUCAAAUUUAAA